UCAGUCGGCCGACCCACAAACCGCCAACCGCGGCCUCGACACCCACUCGCCCCCUCCGACGGACAAAGGGCCCGGCCGCACAGCCACGGCGACACAAGCAGACUCACAUCAGCCCACCAAGCCACUGGUCACGAGGCCGGAAUGUCGCGUUGCCUGGUCCGACAGGCCAGUUGUCAAGGCGACACCAGCACCAACAGCAGCACCACCAGCACCAUCAGCACUAGCAACAGCAACAGCAGCAACAGCAGCAGCCUUCAAGAGACCUUCGUCGUCGUCAGACGAAUCGACCGGCCACCUCAAAGUCGGGCCUCUCUCCUUUGUUCACCGAUUGGAUAG